GCCCCACCACUCCUGCCCAGUUCUUCCGGUAGAGCCCCUCUCCUCCAACCACAGCAUCAUACACUCGCCGCACCGCACCCCACUAGCAGCCAGCCGGACGUUCCGCGCGGCGGAGCAUGGCUCGCGUCGUGCCCCGAAUGCGCAUCGCGCAUUCCCCUGCCGCGUCUUCUCCCCGUGCCGCGUCUCGCCGCUCCAUUCCGCCGCCAUGCGCCGCCAUGCCGUCCAGCCUCUCGCCGUGCGCCUCCUCGCUACGGUCCCUUGCCACUCCGCCGCGAUUAGCGUCGAAUCCACUAAGUCACGCGCGUGGGCCGCUGCGACCGUCGCCCGUGAGGCGGAGAGCGCGCGGGAUCCGCGCGGCGGGGCAAGAGGGCGGGGAGAAGGAGAAGGACGACAAUCCCAAGGCGGGGGGUGCGCUGCCCGACUCCGAUGCGGGCAGUAAAGCGCCCGAAUCCUCCCCUCCCCCCUCGUCUCCGCCUCCCUCCCCCUCCCCCCCGGGCGUGGCGCUGGACUCGUACGCGGUGAUCUCGCUGCUGGGCCCCGAGAAGGUGGACGCGGACGACGUGGCGCUGCUGCGCGCCAAGCUCUUUGGCUACUCCACCUUCUUCGUCACCGGCCAGGAGCCCUUCGGCGAGGCGGGCGAAGCCGUGCUGCUACAGGGUAACCUGCGCGGCCCCAAGGAGGAGGUGUUCGCGAAGCUGCGCGCGGGCGUGCGGCUGCUGUUCGGCGCCAAGUACGAGCUGCUCAUGGUCAACGAGCCGCGCAAGCCGGGCGCGCCGCCCAGCGAGGAGGGGGGGGGGGAGGCGCGCGUGGCGAUGGUGGUGGUGCGCGCGGAGCAGCUGCAGGGCGGCGCCACCACCGCGUGGCAGUUCGCGCUGGCCGCGCUGCUGCUCGCGCUCACUGGGGGGGCGUGCCUCGAGCUGGGGCUCGCGAGCCAGAUCUCCAAGGUGCCGCCGGACGUGAUUCGCUAUUUCACGUCGCCCAAUCCCGAGGAGCUGACCCCCCCGGACGUGGUGGUGCUGGCGCCCUUCGUGCGCAAUGCGCUGCCCAUCGCCUACGGGGUCUUCGGCGUGCAGGUGUUCCAUGAGGUGGCUCACUGGCUGACGGCAGCGCAGAAGCGGGUCAGGCUCGGCAUCCCGUACCUCGUUCCCAACAUCACCAUCGGCAGCUUCGGGGCCGUCACCCAGAUCAAGAGCCCGUGUCCCGACCGCGCUGCUCUCUUCGACAUUGCCAUUGCCGGCCCCCUCGCCGGCGCGUCGCUGUCGCUCGCCAUGUUUGCGGCGGGGCUGGCCCUGUCGCUGCCACCGUCGGGUCCCCUGGCCGCCCUGCCGGGGCUGCAGGACUCGCUGGUGCAGGUGCCCUCACAGCUCUUCCAGGGCUCCCUGCUGCUGGGGGCGCUCUGCCGCGCCGUGCUGGGAUACGAUUUGAUGCACGUGGCGGCAGUCACCAUCCACCCGCUGGUCAUCGUUGGAUGGUGUGGCUUGACUACCUCUGCUCUCAAUCUCUUGCCAGCAGGCCGGAUUGAUGGGGGCCGAGCAACACAGGCUGCGUUUGGUCGUGACACUGUGAACAUCACUAGCCUCGUCACAUACGGACUACUGGGACUCGGCUUGCUUGGGGGACCUUUUUCUCUACCCUUCGGACUCUACGUCCUCUUUCUUCAGAGGAAUUUUGAGAAGCCUGCUUUGAACGAUGUCACGGGAGUUGGCUGGCAGAGGCAGGCAGUGCUCGCUGGGGCUAUUGCUCUGGCAGUUUUCACACUCCUGCCACUUUGGGAUGGACUUGCGGAUGACCUGGGCAUUGGCCUUGAAAGCCAGCUAUUCUGAUCCAUAUGUAUGCAGAUGCUCAUUCCAUUACUGGAUUAGCCUUGUAAAAUCCACUUCAGAACG